AUGUCGGGGAUCCAGGAGGCAAUCGAGCUGAUCCCGGGGUUCAGCAUCGCCCAGAUAGCGGGCGAAGAGUACGCGCUGAAGCACUUCCAGACCACCGACCCUUACGAGGAUAAGGACGGCAACCGGCGGCGGCUCCCGCCCACGGCGUCCAAGCAGCGGCAAAAGCUCUGGCGCCAGGUGCAGAAGCGGGCGUGGGUCCACGACAAGUGUUUCCUCGGCUCCUGCGGCAUGGGGCUCGACUGUGGCGUCGGCCUCGUCCCCAUCGUCGUCGGCUUGUUCCCCGUGCUUGGCCCGUUGGUGAUGUACGCCAUGCACACUCGUCUCACCGACCUUGUUGCGGAACAGGUGCUGAUCCCACCUAAGGUGGAGGCGAAGCUCCACCUGAACAUCGUCUUUGAUUUGUUGAUCACCUUCCCUCCCGUGAUCGGGUUGUUUUUUGGCUGGCUCAACAAGUGCUCGACCCGCAACGCCUCCAUCCUCUACGACUUCCUCUGCAGUCUCGAGGAGGAGAAAGCCAACGUACCCGGCUAUUCCGGUAGGGGCGCCUUGGUCCACGAGGAGCUGUUUGGCUACCACGCCCCGCCCCAGCCGCAAUACACCCAGCCACCACCGGGCCCGCCGCGCCAGAAACCGGCGUACCAGCAGCAGCUGCGCCUGGUGGCGCUGCCGUUCAUCGACGACGACGACGCCUACGACACCUACCAGGUGCCCCAGCUGGCGUACGGCGGCGGCUACCCUCCCCUGGCGACGACCUACGAAGGGACAACGACCUACCAGGGGUACCAGCAGCCGCUGACGUUUGCCCACGGCGGCUACCAGCCGCUCGCCCAGCCGCUGGUGCCGAAGAAAGCCAGGCGCAAGCCGGGGCUGUCUCCGCAGAUCCACGUCGGCGAACAACAGGAAAUGGGCUGGAUUUAA